AUGUCUGCAAAAAUAUUCGGUGGUGCUACCGCCUUCUUCCUUUUGGGUUGUUGGGCACUUUUAAUUGUUUCCUUUGCUGUUCCAUGGUAUGAAACCUAUGAAAAAAAAACAGAAACAACCGUUUUAUACAAGCUUGGAGGUGUAGAAGCUAAACAUGAUGGUGAAAAGACCUGGGUGAAGUUUAAUAGUGCACAACCACUUACAAAGAGAACCAUGGAGUCUGUCGUCGUAUUUGCUAUCUUGGCUUGGGUCUUUGUAACUGUUGCACUUGUCUUGGUCGUCAUUAAAACACUCAACAUUACUGUCAAAUACAUUAGUCCAUUGAUCAUUGUCGAUCUUGGUCUUGCCUUUACCUGCAACAUUCUCUCAUAUCUUAUCCUCGUUGGUUUACAAUCUGCUCAAUUAACUGAUUGUUUUGCUACACCAGCAGGUCUUACUACAGCCGGUUUCGCUCAAUGUAACCUUGAUCAUCCAGCCACUCUUGACGCCUUUUAUUUUGAAAACAACUUGUGGAACAACCGUCCAUACACUGCUUUCUACACGUCACUUGUAUCCUCGUUCUUGCUUGUUUUCUCUACUGUCUGUGCCUACAGUGGUUGGUUAAAGAAAUGGGGUUCAAGAGAACUUCAAGAAACAGAAUUGAAUGUAUUGGAAAAGUCAUGUUCAGGUUCUGGUUAUCAAUCUUCUCUACCUUCAGUUGAACGUGUAGGAACACUUAAACUACGUUGGUUUAUAUUACAAUCAGACUUUUUAAAUUAUUAUGAUAAAUUACCUAAAGAUGUAAAUGAUACAAGUUGUUUAAAAGGACAAAUAUAUUUAAAAGGAUGUAAAUUAAAACAUGGUGGUAUUAUUACACCAAUCUAUCAACACUGGUCUAUUGGAAUGUCACCCAACACGCAAAAGAAUUGGAAGAGUGUGAUGGCUGGCGACUUGACAGACGCCAUUUCAUUGAUCACACCCAAUGCCGUCGAAUACACACUGACCAGCUGCCACACGGUGCAAGAGGACUUUCUCAAGGACCUCGAAAACUGGGCGUAUGCAUUGUCGUAUGCUAUUCGUCUGGCCGACAAGGUCAAGGACGAGCCCAUCCAGGGGUGGAUGAACAAGCGUGGUGAAAAGGGUCACCAGUUUAGAAACACAAAGAGACGUUGGUUCCUGUUGCAAGGCAACAAGAUCCGUUACUUUACGGCGAUGCCUCGAAACAACAAGAUUGUCAACUUGAAGGGUAUCAUUGACGUCACGCACAUAUCAGAGAUAUCAGACAAGAUGUUGACCGAGAUUCGCGGCCAGUCUAUUACAGUCGUCUCGGACGGCGAGUGGAGUGGUGGAACGGUCGGCACUGGACCAGGUGGUGCCGACUGCUUUGGUUCCAAUGGCGAGCCGACCAUCUCUGACCGCGACGUGACCGAGGCUGGAGGAAACUCGAUUGGCCCAGUGCAAGAGAUCAAGACUGUCAUUGGACUGGGACUGUUGAUCGACAAUGAAAAGGAAUUUGUAUUAUUAUUUGACUCUCAAGAGGACCGUGUCAAGUGGGUCACGGCCAUCACCAACACGAUAGAGAGAACUUUUACGACCACAAACGUGACCGUCACGACAUCAAAGAUUAUCAACCAGCCAGACAAGCAGGUUCUCGUCUCUGGCUGGAUGCGAAAGACCAAGGCAAACAAAUGGUGGGACAAGCGAUACUUUACGCUCACACCGACACGUCUCAUAUACUACAAGGAAGAUCCCCCUCAAAAAACACUCGGCUCCAUCUUUUUGCUAGUCUCUUCGUGCAGAGUCGUCAAACAAAAGAGUUUGGAUGGUUUGGAUUGGUGUUUUAGUAUCGCCGACAGCAGAGGCAUUGAAUACUUUUUCAACACUGAAACUCAAGAUCAAAUGGAAAGAUGGAUUAAAGCAAUUAAAACUGCUAGAAAGAAAUUGAUUCUAGCUUUAUUAGAACAAGCUGGUAAAGUUACAAUUCCAAUUAAUCUUGGAAAAGAUUGUGGAUUGGUUACUAUUACAACUAAAGAAACUAUUAGAAUUAAUUCAUUAUCAAACAAAAUUGCAUAUGAAAUUCCAGUUAUAAAUACAAAAACAGUUUCUGUAGUUCAAGAAAACAAGGUUGAAAUUAUUUAUACACCAACAGAAGGUGAAGUAUCAGAAAACAGGGUAGAAAUUACAUCACAUAAUCCACACGGAGUAUUACAAUUAUUUAAAGAUUUAUUCUCUGCUCAAGAGAAUACAAUCAAUUAA